GCUGGAUAGACACCCUCCUGCCUGCCUGCCUGCCUACUUGUAGCCAGCAGCCAGCCCCCCCAGCAAUCUCUCUCUCUCGCUCUCUCGCUCUCUCGCUCUCUCCGUCAGUGUGUAGUACAGUACAGUGUAGUGACAGUUGCACUUGUCAGCUCAGUCGCAGCGGUGGUGGUGUUGUUAUGGUGUUAUGGUGUGUUAUGGCUACUGGGCUCCACACACACACACCAUACCACACCACACCACACCAGCGCUCCACCUGCACUGCACUAGUGGUUUACAGCACUGCUAGUAAACCACCACUAGCACCAGCAGCCCCCACCACCAGCAGCAACUAGAGCCAGCAGCCAGCAGCCACAGCCAGUGGAGCCAAGAUGGACUCCAGUUGCAGCAGCAGAGGUGUAGGGGUAGGCGGUGGAGGUGUAGGCGGUGGUGGCAGAGACAUGGUGAUCCAGCUCCCCGGCGGCGGCCAUGGCCAUGGCCACUCGGGGUCGUCGCCCCACGGCGGGCCCCAGAUGGCGGGCGAGACGGUGGUGCUGCGGCCCAAGGAGGUUCACCACUUCUUCUUUGUGCCCUUCAGGGAGCAACCGAUCUUCAGCACUCGCGCCCACGUCUUCCAGAUCGACCCCAGCACCAAGAAGAACUGGGUGCCCACCAGCAAGCACGCCGUCACCGUCUCCUACUUCUACGACAGCACGCGCAACGUCUACCGCAUCAUCAGCCUGGAUGGCACUAAGGCAAUAAUAAACAGCACUAUCACCCCAAACAUGACGUUCACCAAGACGUCGCAGAAGUUUGGCCAGUGGGCCGACAGCCGGGCCAACACCGUCUACGGCCUGGGCUUCUCCUCGGAGAGACACCUGACCAAGUUUGCAGAUAAAUUUGCUGAGUAUAAGGAAGCGGCGCGAAUGGCCAAGGAGAAAUCUCUGGAGAAAAUGGAGCUGGCCAACUCACCCUCUCAGGAAUCGGCGCCAGGCGACAUCCAGUCACCUCUGACCCCUGAGAGCGUAAACGGCACCGGUGACGACGCUGCCAUGUCACCCCAGGAGGUCACCACGCCCAACAUCGAGUCACUGCCCGAACCUGUGGUGCAGACACAAGCUUUCACACACAGCCCCACCAUCACCAAGCACUGGGAGGCAGAGUUGGCGGCACUGAAGGGCAAUAAUGCCAAGCUGACGGCCGCCCUGCUGGAGUCAACAGCCAACGUCAAGCAGUGGAAGCAGCAGCUAGCCGCCUACCAGGACGAGGCCGAGAGACUGCACAAGAGGGUGACAGAACUGGAGUGUGUGAGUGGCCAAACCAACGUGAUCAAGUCCCAGAAGACGGAGCUGAACCAGACAAUAGAGGAGCUGGAGGCUGCUCUAAAGGAAAAAGAAGAGGAAAUCGAAAGAUUGAAAGAGGAAGUGGAAAGGACUAAGGAGCUGCAAGACCAGAAAGAUGCCCUUGCCCAAAAAUUACAGGAGACAGACCUGCGCAACAAGGAGCUGGAGGGCCAGCUGUCAGCGCUGGAGCAGCGUCUGGACAACAGCCAGCUGGAGCAGGAGACCUUCCGGAAGGACCUGAAGACUCUGCUGGAGAUCCUGGACGGCAAGAUCUUCGAGCUGACGGAGCUGCGGGACAACCUGGCCAAGCUCAUCGAGAGCACCAGCAGCUAAAGUGAAGAAGAGACGUGGAUUGAAAUAUACUACAGUAUAGCCUGAAAAACCCAACCAACCGAACCUUAAAACAUUACAGUAUUAUUAUACCUGCUGGAAGACAAACACAAACACCGCCUGGAAAUACGUACGUGGGGAAAUAAAGGCGACAAGUGCAGACUCAACUCUUAUCUGGAAAAAAAAUAACCGUUAACCAACCGAACCGAGCAGAACCAACGGCAAACACCAAGGUGCGAAAUCUGACAGAGGUCCUGCCUUUUUUCUUCUUCUUCUACUUCUUCGUCUUCUUUUUUUGUAAAGAACUUUCCUCUUCAGAAGAAUACGAUUGCACCAAAUAUGCAGCACACGACAACACACCAGAGUUACGACAUUACAGUAGAAUUGUUUUUGUUUUUUUUCUCUCAGAAGAACGGGCACAUGCCUUUCUCCCUGUGCUCUUAUACUCUACUACAACUACAAACUAGUCUCUUCAAUAUGUUAUUAUUUCACCACGCAUACACGCACUCUUUUAUUCUUUGGUCUUGAAUUUUUUUAUUUUUUUUCUCGGCCCCCUUUCUCUUGUGUCUUCUUCUCUUAAUCAAUGCUAUCCAGUCGAUGCACUGUGCUUAAGAGCCUCACUGUUUGUGGAGUCGUGGUGGUGGUGGAGGUGGUGGUGGUGGUGGUGGAGGUGAACUAUGUGAACUAUGCUGCUAAGGAACCUUAUGAGUGCGCGAGCGAGGGAGCGAGGGAGCGAGAAGAUUGGCUGACUGUGAGUCCCCCUCAGUGACACAGUUCUCACAAUCCCAGAGCCGUGUGUUGUAGCCAGACCUUGAACGGCUUGUUGCGCUCUCUCCUUGUGUCUCUCUCUCUCUCUCUCUCUGUCUCUAUCUCUUUCUGACACUCUCUCCGACUGUCUGACACUCUCUCUGACUGUCUGACUCCUCUCUCUCUCUCUCUCUCUCUCUCUCUCUCUCUCUCUGUCUGUCUCUCUCUCUGUGUCUCUCUCUCUCCCUCGCUCUCUCUCGCGCUGACCUUAAAGAAAUGCCUCAUUGUCCUCUCUCAAUGAAGAGGGGCAAUAAGUCACCGACACAUCGCAUCUCCUUCCAGAAGGCUCCCUCGAUCCUUGGUCAUGACACGUGGAUGUGAGUGAGGUGAAACGCGAGCCUGUAUGUUCCGAGCAAUACCAGGUGGGGCCUCAGAUAUACAUCAAUUUACUUCCCAACCUGUCAAAGUGUUCUGUUCCCGUGGUUACCUGCCGCGGGAGCCCACACAGGUGAGACUGACUCAUUCAAACGCUUGACAGGAGGAGUUAUAGGCCUAGUGUUCUUUUUUUUGUGUUCCUUCUCUCGUUUGUGUUUUUAUAUACAAACUAUAUUUAUACUGGACUUGUGCGGGUGAAUCUGAUGUUAUAUCUUUCUGCUGCUCUUGUAUAAAGCAGUGGCGACACUGGACUCUGCCAUUUUUGGACUUUACAUGUUAAUAUCGAAAUAUCUUGACCUUGAUUAUUAUUAAAUGUAUUAAUGAAAAGGGUUCCAUUUGGUUACCUCAAAAGUAUUUAUUUUUUAGAAGUACAAUAUUAUGAACUGAAUGAUUUGAACAUUUGUAAUAGCAUUAAAUAAUAUGAAUGAGUGCGACUGGAAGGGAGGACAGACUCGGAAGGAGGUUUAGGCCUCGGCCUACAGAUGUAAAGAACAAAAAAAAAUAUCUUUCAGGAAAUAUAUCUAUGAUGUUUACCAAAUAUGGUUUCCUGGUGAAUAAAAUGAAGCCAUUAUCAAUGUAGAUAUCAUAGCCCUGCUCUGUUUACUGUUGUUCAAUAUAUGAGUACAAAAUAAUAAAUGAACGAGUUUGUCAAUUGUAUUACAGCUUAUCAGUGGUGAAGAUGGUUUCACUUAACACUGUUAUUAUUGUUAUGCCAUAAUAACCUAAUGCUGAUUCACAGAUGUACUGAGGAAAUUUCCUGGCUGAGAGACCACAUACAGUGCAUUCACAAACUAGGUCCUGUAUAUUUCACUACUUUCAAUAUAUAAUGCAUAGCCCCACCACAGUUCAUCUAUAAUGCAGAGUAACUGCAUUUAGAAAAGUGUGUUUAAAGGUGGCAAAGGCGGUCACUUUGUGUCAUUACCGAGUAUUCUAAAGUGCUAUCCAUCAUAAUCUAGCCUGGUUCCCUUGAAACACUCACGAAAACGCGCUAGCAAGCCAACCAGUUACCACACUGGCAUUCUAAUGUACUACAAUGCGCUUCCUUUCUGAUUUAUUAUGGAUGGAGACAACGCUUCACGAGGAUGUCACGGGGGAAGCGGCACCUCCAUAUUCCUCGUCUCUCAGGCCGUGUCCUUGUUUGAAACAACGUCUUUCGGACCUUGUGAAAACGACUUUCAAACGGAUUUACACCGGGCCACCUCAAGUAACAUUCAUUUAAGAUCAUUCGAAAUCAGUUGUUGCUGCUUUGAAGGGUCAUUACAGAUUGCAAUGUUUUUUUUUCUCUCUUUCGGGGAGAGUGCGCAGGAGAAACGCAUCAUUUGAGGGGGUGGCUGAAGACUGAGGGGCAGAGAAAAAAGAGACGAUCAAAAAAGUCACUGUCCUCUGUGGGCUCAGCGAAGACGGAGCCGAAAGCAAACCUUGAACGAAACGGCGAGAAUGUGAUCUCCCUCCGCUAUUGUUCUCGUGCCAGCGCGAGGAGGCGGCUCCCGCAAUGAAUCAUAUCAAUCGGUGCCAGGAUAAGUCCUUUCUCUGUGGCUCAGGAUUUUUUGGGCUUAUGUAACGUCGUUCACCACUCACUUCGAAGGGGUUGCAGAUCGCUGCUGUAUAGCGGCAAGUUGAUGCACGAAAGAAGGCAGGCUGUAACAGUCUCCCCAUCUUCCUAAUGCACCACAGCUCCCUGUAUGAAUGGAACACUGCAUAGUAAAAAAAUAAACAAUAAUUUUAAAUCAUUUGAU